AUUUCUUUACUGCCAUUCCUGGAAUGUGCAUUCACAAUUAAGGCAUCCAAAAGACCUUUAUGUAGUAGCUAAGCUCUAUUUGAGCAUUUUAGACUUUAAAUUGAAAUCCGAACUCAGUGUUUAACUUUGAAGGUCAAAGACUGGAUGUCCUGUUAAAAAAAAAAGAGAGAAACACGCAGGAAUUCGGCCAGGCUUAUUUGUAGUUAUUCAAAUAUUUCCAUUCCUGUGUAAAGGCAGACACACGCUCCCACACUUGCACACACGUUCAACCAUUAACUACCUGAACGUCAGGACUCACUGAUGAGCUUUAAUCUAUGCUACUGAAAGUAAGAUUAAUGAUGAAACACCUGAGAUGCGCAUCUGUCCUUCUGCUCUCCACAUCUGCACAGGGCUCAAGAGAUGAGUAAAAGAUGCCGUGCUCUGGGGCCAAAAGAACCCGAUACAUCAUCUUAAGUGUGAGUGUGGUCAUCUGUGUAUUUAUAUUCUCUCGACCUUCUGUACAAAGACUUCUCUUUGGAGCGUGUGCAUGUGGUCAGUGCGUGUCAGACAUCGCUCAUGACCCCUGGUUUCAACAGCGAUACGACCCCUACGCCCAACCCUUACUGACUAAGAAAAACUGCAUACUCAGCAACACCCUCUAUUGGUGGUGGCAAAAGCUACAAUAUAAGAGUAGAGUGAACUAUGAAGCAGUAGCGGAGAUGUUAUUUGGCAUCUUCCCGAAUGAAGAAGAUUACUCAGAUGCUAGUCCAGGCCGCUGCAGAACCUGUGCUGUAGUGGGGAAUUCUGGGAACCUCAAAGGAUCCCACUACGGUGCGCUCAUCGAUGCCCAUGAUCUUGUCAUUAGGAUAAAUAAGGGCCCAACCGAAGGCUUUGAGCGGGACGUGGGGUCUAAGACCACUCACCGUAUCAUCUACCCUGAGAGUGCCAUGGACAUGGACAACUCCACUCACCUGGUGCUGAUCCCUUUCAAGACUGUGGAUCUGCAGUGGCUCAUCAGUGUCUUCACGACCAAACACAUCGAUCGCAUGCUUCAGCACUUUUACCAUAAAGACAUCACUUUAUUUCAUCAGUGCCUACUCUCCUGCUUCAGCCUCACGUAUGUUCCAGUGAAACCCAGUAUAAAAGCAAACAGGGACAAGGUGAUGAUCCUCCAUCCUGGUUUUCUAAAAUAUAUUCAAGAGCGCUGGCUGCAGAAACAUGGCAGAUACCCAUCCACUGGUUUUAUUACACUCAUAUUUGCCUUGCACAUCUGUGACCAGGUUAGUGUAUUUGGGUUUGGCGCAGAUGAAAAUGGAAACUGGCAUCAUUACUUUGAACAAAAUAAGCAUCAUCAUAAUGCUGGUAAUCAUGGAGGAAGCUAUGAAUAUAGUAUUGCACUUCAGCUUCAUGAGAAAAAAAGGAUUCAUUUGUAUAAAGGAUGGUGACCAUUACAGUGAACUUCUCAUUUAUUAAUCCUUUAUAACAUUAUGUAUGUUUAAUAUAUCAUGUCAUGAACAAAACAAAGGCUACAUUAGGCUCAGUACUCAGAACCUCCUAAAACAAAAAUUAUUUCUCAAAUGCAUUUACAGACACACUGAUCCAAAGUCAUGCUCUUAUGUGAAACAGAUUCUGAAAUGUAUCUACAAGGAGCAGAUUUGCACUUUUAAUAUGCAAUUUAGCUGUUAUCACUUUCUUCACAUUUCCUUUGGGAUUAAUUAUACUACUGAAGUGUCUCAUGAGAAAGAGCAGCAGUUAUUUGAAGAAACUGAUGGAGAUUUUGGAGUGUCCCCUGCACAAGUGCUGACAGGUAGAUGGGUGAGAACACGGCUAUCAGCGUCAGCUGACAUUUUAAAACCUCAGAUCGUUACCAGCUCAGUAACGCAGUUAUUGGAGUCAUGUCAAAGGAAACAGAAAGAAAACUAAAAGUUGGGGAUAGUGUCAGAUUUUGGAAGGAUGGGACUUGGGACCCAACUUAAGCUAUUACUGUAGCUGAGCAACCAAGGUCUUAAAUUGUGGAAACAUACAAAGUUGUAUAAAAGUAACCGUAGGUAAGGCAACAGCAAGACAACCCCCAAAAGGGAAGGGUUUUGCAGGUCGUGGCCACAGACAAUUGCUCUCUCCUUAUCCUUCCUGAUUUGUCUCUAGUUUAGGGUUUUGUUAGGGUCCUUGUCAUUACUUAGUAUGAGCAUGAAACAGUAUCUGCAACCCAAUAAGGUUGCACAGGUGAUCCAAUCCCUCAUUGCAAGCGGGUUCAGGUGCAUGUUGGGGACAUAGAAGGGUAACAAGCAGCAUAUGCUUCUUUGUACAAAGAGGAACAGGGGGAGCCCUACAAAAUGAGUUCCAGCAGGCUACUAGUGUGCAUGUUUCAGACUAAACUGUCAGAAACAGACUCAUGAGUGCCUGACGUCCUGUAGUGGGACCUGGACUCACAUCCCAGCACCAGGCAGCUCUCUGGCAUUUGCCAGAGAACACCAGUAUUGGCAGGUCCGCCCUUGGUGCCCCGUUCUCUUCACUGAUGAGAGCAGGUUCACACUGAGCACAUGUGACAGACGUGUAAGAGUCAGGAGAUGCCGUGAGAAGCAUCUGCAACAUCACCCAGCACGAGCGGUUUGGUGGUGGAGGAAUAUCUUGAAGGGUUGUGAGUCAGUGAUACCCUUACUGCUGUUAGGUACCGGGAUGAAAUCCUCAGAGCCUCUGUCAGAGCUAACACUGGUGCAUGAGGAAGCCCAGCCUCGUGUGGUCAGAGUGUGCGUGCAGUUUCUGGACAACAAAGACAUUGAUGCUAUUCACUGGCCCUCAUGUUCCCCAGACCUGAAUCCAUCUGAGAACCUCUGGGACACUAUGUAUAGGAGCAAAUGAAGCCGCCAAGUAGGACCAGACUGUCCAGGAGCUCACUGAUGCUCAGAUCCAGGUCUGGCAGGGGAUCCCACAGAACACCAUCAUAUCAGGAGCAUGUCUAGAUGUCGUUGCAGUGCGUACAGGCAUAUAUAUAUAUAUAUAUAUAUUAUUUGAAUUUCAGUGUGAUUUUGAAUCAAGGCCUUAAUGGUUUGUUGAUUUUGGCUUCCAUUUAUCAUUGUCACAUAAUUUUGCUUUCAACAAAUUACACAAUGUAUGACUUUCAACUUGAAUAUUUUGUUAGUUGAGAACAAAUUGAACAAAAUUGUUUUGUAGGCUGUAAUGUGAGAAUUCAUUUAAAUGUAUCAUGAUGUUUUUCUGUGUUUGUAUGUGAUUUUUAUUGUAUUGAGCUUUAAUGAUAUAAUGUUAAAAAAUGUUUUCUACAACUUAAACAUACAGUAAGGAACGUAAGUGACAUAUAUAAGCUACGACUCGGAUGCCACAGAGCCACUCACAUAUUAUCCAUUAAAUUCAACAAUAUUUGUCCUAUAUCAUUGUUAAUAUACAUAUUGAAUUCACCCUUGGCUACCUUUUUGACAAUUAUAGUUUUACAGCUUAAAUAAAGUCUAAACAUAUAGGGGGGAAAUGUAAUUAAUGUAGCCCUUUAUCUUUCAU